AUGGCUCAGAGCAGAUCCGAGAGCGCUGUGUGGAGCUUUAUUAUGGCGCUGAGUUUGCUGGAGGUUUCCUACGUGCGCGGGUUCGACAGCCUGGGACUGAGCUACGGCCACAGGUCCGAGCUCUCAGAGGACGCCAUACUGGUGGCCAACAACGGAAUCCGGGUUCCCUUUGGCAGAUCAGUGUUCAUUGACCCGAUUAAUGAUUUAGUCCUGCAGGUCCGACCUGGAGACAAGUGCACCAUCACAGUCCUGGACAACGACCCAUUGUCGCAGAAACCGGGUCAGCUCAGCCCUAAAAAGUUCCCAUGCGAGUUCGGACCCAGUGAUGUGAAAUAUUCCCACUUCGGAUCCCGCAGUCCAGCCAAAGACAGGGUUCGACUCCAGUUAAGGUACGACACCCAGACCGACACGGUCAUCAUCCCGUUCAUGAUGGAGGUUGAAGUGAUCUUCACUCAGCUGGAGAUACUGAUCAAAAACAUGCCUCUGACGGUUGAAAAGCUUCUAGGAACAAGUAACCCUAUUGACAAUAAGAUCCUAGAGUUCACCUAUGAUCGAAACAUGUACCAAUGUAAAGUGACCUCUCUCGCCGGAACCGGUGUCCUGCCCAGGUAUGGAAAGCUUAUCGAUGACGGUAAAUUGGGAAAAAUGUUCAACUGUGAUGAAUUCCUCAGACUGAAUGUACGUUAUCGGCACACGUUUGAUCAGCGCUCUCCGAACAGAGAUUACAUCCCCAUGUAUGUAGAGCUCCAAGACAAGGAGAGCAAUGUCAUAAAACAGGAGUUUUUCCAAAUCAUGGUGCGUAUUAAAGAAGGAGAGGAAAACACACCACCCAAACCUAGCUUUGUCUCCAUGAUGAUGAUGGAAGUCGACCAGUUUGUCAUGACCGCCAUAACCCCUGACAUGCUCGCCGCUGAAGAUGUCGAAUCUCCGUCUGACGACUUGAUCUUUAACAUUACCUCUCCUCUGUCGUUCGAGGAAGGCUAUAUCGUCAGUACAGAUGAUAGGAAUUUACCCAUUACGUCUUUCUAUCAGGGAGAUCUGCAAGAUCUUAAAAUAGCAUACAAGCCCCCUUCUGAAGAUUCGGAUUCUGAGAGAAUUUUCCAAAUCGAGUUUGUGGUUGUAGAUACAGAGGGAGCCGUGUCAGACCCGUUCGCGUUUAUGAUCGUCGUUAAGCCCAUGAACACCCUGGCGCCGGUUGUGACUCGAAACACGGGCCAGCUGCUCUACGAGGGGCAGACUAGAUCACUUUCUAGUUCUCAAAACCUGCAGAUUAGCGACGAGGACAAUUUACACGAUGUCAGAGUGACAGUGAUUGACGGACUGAGGCACGGCGAGCUCACAGUCAUCGGCUCCGGGAGAAAAUUCUUCACCGUGGCAGAUCUGGAUCACGGAUCUGUCGUCUACCAGCAUGAUGGCAGUGACACUUAUAGUGACAAUAUCAUUUUCCGGAUGACAGACGGCAAACAUGAAGUGGAAUUUCUUUUUCCUAUAACCGUGGUGCCAACUGACGACGAGCCACCAAUUAUAAAUGCCAACACAGGUUUGGUGAUGUUAAAAAACCAGAUGAUGCCCAUUUCACCUUUAAUGCUCAGCGCAGCUGAUAUCGACUCAGAGGAUUCGACUAUUAAAUUUGUCCUGGAGGAGCCUUUUUCAAUUAUAGGAGAGGUGCUGCUUCGUCAGGCGGAUGCUCCGGAAGACCCGUCCACGUGGAGGUUCAAUUCGGAAGACGAGAUGUAUGAGAAAGCAGUGACAGAGUGGCUGCAGCAAGACAUUACAGACGGAAAGUUGUUUUACAGACAUGUCGGCCCACAUAACACCAAAACCGUUACGGAUCAGUUUGUUUUCCGGGUUCAGGACGACAACGACCCGCCAAAUCAGUCAGGACAGAACUCUUUCAUUAUCAAAAUUCUCCCCGUGGAUGACAUCCCUCCUGAGCUUUACCCUGACACCACUUUGCAGCUGACCGUACACGAAUACCAGCUCACUUUCCUCCGCAAGAAAUUCUUACGCUACACCGAUUUAGACUCCGAGGACAGGGAUUUGAAAUACACCGUCACUCAGCCGCCGAGAGACACGGAUGAGAACAACCCUGUUAUUCUGGGAGCCAUUGUUCUCACAGAAAGCCCAAAUAUAGAGGUUACAGAGUUCACUCAAGCGCAGAUAAAUCACCAUAAAAUAGCAUACAAGCCUCCCGAUCUGGAGCUAGGGAUAACUCCGCAUGUAGUGCAGUUCCAUUACACGGUUGAGGACACGGCAGGAAAUGGUGUCGAUGGUGCGUUCACGAUUUUCCUGCAACCUGUUGACAACAAACCGCCCCAGAUUACUAACACAGGGUUCACCGUGUUAGAACGAGGUAUUCAUGUAAUCACACGCUCUGAGCUUGACACCACCGACCCAGACACAGACAGCACAAAGAUCUCCUUUACGCUCACUCAACCUCCUUUACAUGGCAAGAUACAGUACAUGUUCACUGAUCUGACCAAAGGGGAUUCGUUCAAACUUGACGAUAUUUCUCAAGGCAGGAUCUCCUAUUCCCACAACGGAGACGAGUCGACUAAUGAAUUCUUUCAACUUGACGUGAGCGACGGCGUCCAUGUUGUCACUAUUACCAUUAAGAUAAAUGUGAAGCUUAUUGAUGACGAAACUCCCACCAUAACCCUUCCAGAAGGCACGAUCGGCUCCUAUAUUGACGUCUUGGAAAACGGAGCUACUGAAAUCACAGCUAACGUUAUUCAGGGACGAGAUGAAGACACAGAUGACCUGAGGUUGACCUUUAUAGUCGAGGAUCCGCCAGUUCUUGGUGAAAUACUGGUCAACGGCAUACCGGCCAACAGAUUCACCCAAGCCGACAUCAUAAGUGGAUUUGUCGUGUACGCACACACGAGUGGAGAGAUUGGCCUUACUACAAAAGAGGACUUUUUUAACUUGACCCUGACGGAUAUGUCUGAUGAGUGGACUGUAGGCGGCAAUAAAAUCAAGGGUGUUCGAGUACACGUAACCAUCCUGCCAAUAGACAGCCAGUCUCCUCAGGUGUUUGUCGGCCACCAGUUCAACGUUGUCGAAGGUGAAAAAAAUGUCAUCCAAAUAGCCCACAUAAGCGCUUCCGAUAUUGACACUCCUAACGAUGACUUGCUGUGUACAAUCAUUGUUCAGCCCACAUCUGGCUACUUGGAGAACAUCUCACCUGCUCCAGGAUCAGAGAAAUCCAGGUCUGGAACUGCUAUCAGCGCGUUCACCAUCAAAGACAUCAAACAAAAUCAUAUCUAUUAUGUGCAAAGCAUUCAUAAAGGAGUGGAGCCCGUGGAGGACAGGUUCACUUUCAGGUGCUCAGAUGGAAUAAAUUUUUCUGAGAUACACUUUUUUCCUAUCGUGAUUAUACCAUCUAAUGACGAAAAGCCCGAGAUCCAUAUGAGAGAGUUUGUAGUAAUGGAAGGCAUGAACGUCGUCAUUGACACUCCUAUAUUGAAUGGUGUCGAUGCGGAUGUUCCAACAGACGAGCUGACAUUUAUUGUUACUAAACCUCCAAAACAUGGUUUCAUUAUAAAUCAGUUGACCACUGGUACUAUUCCUGUAACCAACUUUACUCUAGACCAGAUAAGAGAGGCUUCUAGCAUUGUUUAUGAGCAUGACGAUUCAGAAACCACCGAAGACAGUUUUAAAAUUCUUCUCACUGAUGGUAAAUUUACCGUGGAAAAGACUGUCAUAAUUAUGGUUAUCCCAGUGGAUGACGAAACACCAAGGAUGGCUAUCAACGACGGCCUUGAAAUAGAGAUAGGAGAAAUCAAGGAAAUCACCAACAAAGUUUUAAAAGCCACCGAUCUGGAUACAAACGACAGCACACUGACUUAUGUUAUCCGAUAUGGUCCCAAUCAGGGAAUACUACAAAAAAGGACACCGGUUGGAACGCUCCAAAACAUAACCGUUGGAAUGAAUUUCACACAGAGUGACAUUGAUGAAAAUUUGAUUAUAUACGUCCAUAACGGACAGGAAGGAAUACGCGACCUCAUAAAAUUUGACGUCACGGAUGGCAUCAAUCCUUUGAUUGACAGGUACUUCUAUGUAACAAUCGGUGGAAUAGAUAUGGUGUUCCCUGAAGUUAUCAGCAAAGGCGUUUCUCUUAAGGAAGGCGGCAGAGUGACUCUGAACACGGACCUGCUCAGCACCAGUGAUCUCAACAGCCCAGACGAGCACUUGGUCUUCACCAUCACUCGAGCUCCAGUCAGAGGUCACCUGGAGUGCACUGAUUCGCCAGGCAUGCCCAUCAGCUCCUUCACCCAGCUCCAACUGGCUGGAAGCAAGAUCUACUACAUCCACACCGCAGAUGACGAGGUUAAAAUGGACAGCUUCGAGUUUGAAGUGACGGACGGGUACAAUCCGGUGUUUCGCACUUUCCGGAUUUCCAUAACGGACGUGGACAACAAGAAGCCUGUGGUCACGAUCCACGGCUUGGUCGUUAACGAAGGGAAGAGCAAGCUAAUCACUCCGUUUGAGUUAACCGUGGAGGAUCGUGACACAGUCGACCGACACCUAAAGUUCACCAUCACUCAGGUGCCCAUUCAUGGAAAGCUGCUGUUCAACAACACCCGAACCAUCACAUCCUUCACCAAGCAGGAUCUCAACGAGAACAUGAUCAGCUACAAGCAUGACGGGACCGAGUCUGCUUACGACAGCUUUUCGUUCUUUGUCACAGACGGAACUCAUUCUGACUUUUACGUUUUUCCUGAUACAGUUUUUGAGACUCGUAAGCCCCAGGUGAUGAAAAUCACAAUUCUUUCUGUAGACAACGGUAUUCCGCAGAUUGUCGUCAACAAGGGUGGGACGGCCUUGAAAACGCUGCCCGGUGGUCACCUAGGACUUGUGAUCACAAGUAAAGCACUGAAGGCCGAGGACAGAGACAGUUCCCAUGGAGCUGUGACCUUUAGAGUAACAGUAGGCGCGGCACACGGCUACCUCAUCGACCUGGGCAAGGGAAAUGCCACCAUUACCACAUUUACUCAAGCUGACAUUGAUGACAUGCACAUAUGCUACGUUCUUCGAAAUGGAGACAAUGCUACCAGUGACAUCUUCCAUUUCUCCAUUGAAGACAACGGAGGAAACAAGCUGAAGAACCAACAGUUCAGGCUGACCUGGGCUUGGAUCUCCCUGGAGAAGGAGUAUUACGUGGUGGAUGAAGAGGCCAAGUUCUUGGAGGUGGUUUUGAGACGGAGGGGUUACCUCGGCGAGACCUCGUUCAUCAGUAUUGGAACCAGGGAUGGCACAGCAGAGAAAGACAAAGAUUUUCGUGGCAAAGCCCAGAAACAGGUCCAGUUCAACCCAGGCCAGACCACUGCCACCUGGAAGGUCCGGAUCCUCGGCGACCACCUGUACGAACAGGCGGAAACCUUCCAGAUUGUUCUGUCUGAGCCUGUAAUGGGGGCGCUUGAGUUCCCCCAGACAGCAACGGUGGAGAUAAUCGACCCUGAAGAUGAGUCCACAGUGUUCAUUCCUUCAUCAACGUACUCGAUCGAGGAAGACGUCGGAGAGUUUCUCAUUCCUGUUCGCCGGUCUGGAGAUGUGAGUCAAGAACUGAUGGUCAUCUGUUUUACACAGCGAGGCACAGCCACUGGCACCGUCCCCACCACUGUGCUUUCCUAUUCGGAUUAUAUCUCGCGUCCGGAAGAACACAUCAGCGUUCUACGCUUCGACCGAGAUGAAAUCGAGAAGGCGUGCCGUGUGGUGGUGAUUGACGAUUCGUUGUAUGAACCUGAGGAAAGCUUUAAUGUCACCCUCAGCAUGCCCAUGGGGGGUCGCCUGGGCCAGGAGUUCCCCACCACCAGGAUCACCAUCCUGCCUGACUCUGAUGACGCGCCAGUGUUUUAUUUCGGAGACACAGAGUACCACGUGGACGAGAGCGACGGUUAUGUGGAGGUACGGGUUUGGAGAACGGGAUCCGAUCUGUCCAAGACGGGAACGGUUACGGUGCGUUCCAGAAAAACAGACCCCGUUUCAGCGGAAGCUGGUGUAGACUACGUCGGAAUCAGUAAGAACCUGGACUUUGCACCAGGCGUCACCAUCCAGACGAUCCGUGUCACUAUUCUGGAUGACCUGGGCCAGCCUGUACUGGAGGGGCCCGAGAGGUUCGAGCUCGUCCUUCGCAUGCCCAUGAACGGCAUUCUGGGAGAGCCAAGCAAAGCCACCGUUUUCAUCAACGACUCCGUGUCAGAUUUGCCGAAGGUGCAGUUCCGCGAUGCUAAAUACACAGGUAACGAGAACGAUGGAAAGAUUACGGCUAUUAUUUACCGCAGUGGAGAUCUGAGGUUCAAAUCCAGCGUACGCUGCUACAGCCGUCAGGGUUCCGCUCAGGUCAUGAUGGACUUCAACGAGAGACCCAACACGGACGCUUCUGUCAUCACAUUUCUGCCAGGGGAAGUAGAGAAGCCCUGUGUUCUCAUUCUUGUCGAUGACACGGAACACGAAGAGGUGGAGGAGCUCCGGUUGGUCCUGGGGAGCCCUAAAAGCGAGUCUCCUUUCGGGGGGGCGUCUAUAGGAGUUCAAAAUGAGACACUCAUCAAGAUUAAGGAUGAUGCUGAUAAGGCCAUCAUCAGGUUCGGGGUUACCAAGUUCAGCGUGAGCGAACCCAGUGAGGCCGGGCAGGUGUCUGUGGUGAAGGUGCCAGUGCUGAGAGUGGGAGACACCUCCAAAGUGUCAGUGGUGCGAGUGCACACUAAAGACGGCUCUGCGACAUCCGGAGAGGAUUAUCACCCGGUGUCAGAGGACGUGAUAUUCAAGCAAGGAGAAACGGAGCAUGCGGUGGAUGUCGAGAUCCUGUACGACGGAGUGCGCGAGAUGAGGGAAGCGUUCACGGUCCACCUGAAGCCAGAUGAGAAUAUGGUGGCUGAGAUUCAGAUGACCAAAGCUAUCAUUUACAUCGAGGAGGGAAACAGCAUGGCAGAUGUCACGUUCCCCUCAGUGCCUGUGGUCAUAUCGCUGCUGCAUUACGAUGACGCAGUCGGGGCCCCAGAGAGCCGACCACCCGCUGGCUACCCAGUCAUCUGCGUCACGGCUUGCAAUCCCAAAUACCCAGACUUCGAGCGCACCGGCUCCAUCUGUGCGAGCGAGCGCAUCAACAACACGCUGACUCGUUAUCGCUGGCUCGUUAGCGCCCCCGCAGGACCUGACGGUGUCACCAGCCCUAUGAGGGAGGUCGACUUUGAUACUUUCUUCACCUCGUCCAAACGCAUCACGCUGGACUCGGUGUAUUUCCAGGCAGGCUCACGCAUUCAGUGCGCGGCCAGGGCUGUGAACUCCAACGGAGACGAGGGACUCGAGCUUAGCAGCGCCAUUGUCUCCGCCAGUGUGGAGGAGGGUUUGUGUCAGCCUCGUGUGAUAGGCGCUGUAGGAGCCGAGCCUUUCUCCGCCAAGCUGCGCUACACCGGGCCUGAAGACCCACACCACCCCAACCUCAUUAAACUCACCGUCACCAUGCCACACAUCGACGGUAUGCUCCCUGUGGUCUCCACCCGUCCACUCUCCAACUUCGAGCUGACACUCAGUCCAGACGGCACCCGCGUUGGAAAUCAUCGCUGCUCGAACCUGUUGGACUUCAGCGAGGUCCGCACGCGUCACGGUUUCAUCACCGCCGCCACCCGUAACCCUGAGGCCAUCGGGGGCACGGCACCCUACCAGUACAGCGCCACCUUAAGGGGGGAGAGCACGCUGCGCUUCUACCGCAAUCUUCACCUCGAGGCUUGCCUCUGGGAGUUUGUCAGUUAUUACGACAUGUCCGAGCUGCUGAGUGACUGUGGAGGGACAAUCGGGACAGACGGGCAGGUGCUGAACCUGGUGCAGUCGUACGUGACGUUGCGCGUGCCGCUGUACGUGUCGUACGUGUUCCACUCUCCGGUGGGCGCUGGAGGCUGGCAGCACUUUGACCUGCAGUCCGAGCUCAGACUUACCUUCGUCUAUGACACAGCCAUCCUGUGGAGAGAUGGCAUCGGCAGCCCGCCUGAGGCCGAGCUACAAGGCGCUCUCUACCCCACCAGCAUGCGCAUUAAUGAACAAGGUCGCUUGGUGGUUAACUUCCGCACAGAAGCUCGCUUCAGGGGUCUGUUCGUGACGUCCCACCCUGCGUCACCUUUGACCUCCAUGAUUAUGUGCACGGAUCACCCCGGGCUGACCUUUAACCUCAGUCUGGUGCGGAGCGAGCCCACCUACAACCAGCCCAUGCAGCAGUGGAUGUUUGUCUCCGACUUUGCAGUGAGGGAUUAUUCCGGUACCUACACAGUGAAGCUGCUGCCCUGUACUUCCCCUCCGAGUCUGGAGUACACACUGCCUCCGGUGUGCAAUCCCCGAGAGCCCAUCACAUUCGACCUCGACAUCCGCUUCCAACAGGUGAGUGACCCUGUAGCUGCAGAAUUCAGCCUGAACACACAGAUGCUGCUGCUCCCUAAGAGGACUCUCUGGCUCUCUGAUGGCUCCAUGGGAUUCGGGCAAGAGAGCGACACUGCAUUCUCUGAGGGUGACAUCAUUUACGGCCGUGUCAUGGUGGAUCCUGUGCAGAACCUCGGAGACUCCUUUAUCUGCAACAUCGAGAAGGUGUUCCUGUGUACAGGAGCGGAUGGUUACGUGCCAAAAUACAACCCUGACAACUAUGAGUAUGGCUGUUUAGCAGAUGCAGCAUCCCUCCUCUACAGGUUCAAGAUCAUUGACAAAGCUCAGCCAGAGACUCAGGCUAGAACAUUCGGGAGUGUUAGCUUCAAUGCUCUUCUGGCUGUCGAUGACCCUGAGGCUUUGUCGCUAGUGAGACAGCCAGGCUCAGAUGGCUUUAGGCUGGACUCCACACCUCUGUUCCAGGUAUCCACCGGCAGGGAGUGGUACAUCCACACCAUAUACACCGUCCGUUCCAGAGACAACGCCAACCGAGGCAUUGGGAAAAGGAGCGUGGAGCGCCACCAUAUUACUCAACACCACUCGUCCCGUUCCAGAAGGUCCGUUAGCGGUGCUCCAACUCUGGCAAAGGAGAUCGGAGUGGAGAAUGAGCGCGGAACCAACAUCCUACACGUGGCUCUGGAGCGCAGCAGCCAGCACAGGCCCAAAGUUAACAUCCAGAGCGUGGUGGUUACCACAAAGUCCAAGCCGCACGACACAGAGGACGAUAACGUGAUAACGAUUGUAGGAAUUCUGGUCGGUCUCGUCUUGACCGUCAUUCUCCUCGUGCUUGUGUGUUUGUUGUUGCGCUCGAAGAAAGACAAGGAGGUGAUCAGCAAACCUCCGAAGGCCUCCAGCAGCACGGAGCCCAUGAUGACACCCGGCUCUGACUGUAACGACAGCUCGGAGGUGUGACCAGAUUUCACGAACGCUUCUUAGAACUGUUUUGCAAGUGCUUCUUAUUUAAUUACCCAGACUUGAGAUUUGAAGUGAGUUAGUGGGGGGGACAAAAAAAAAAGAGUUGCACAAUCUUAGAGAUGAGGUUAGCUGAGGUCAAGUGGCACUGUCUCGAGUCUAUUGGGAUGAUCUUGGAUCUUGGAUCUUGGCACUCGGAUAUUGGCUCUCUUCAGCAGUUUGCUACUCCCAAGACAAAUUAUUCCGAGAGCACUUUUAUUUCUGCUGUUUAACAAUUUAAAAGGAAGACUUGAAGCCAGUUUUUAUCCAAACAAGGCGCUUAUUGUGUGUACUACUGCUUGAACCUUUUUUUUUUUUUUGCAUUCAAAGGUGCUAGAAGCUUUCUGAGCAUCUGGCUAAAGAGCUCUGGGUCUGUAAAGAGUGUUUUGCUUCAUUAUUUGUAAAGAAUAAUUAAUGUUAUAGUUUUCCCAUGGUUUUACCAUCACAUUUUCUAUCACA